UUCUGCAGGGAUGCAGCGACAGGAGUUUACUUAUUGAGCUGCAGUGCUUUUUGUGCUUUUUGUUGAAGCUGUGACGCUGGUUACCGCUGACUGGGAAUUCUACUGUGUGUCCAGACACUACACGGAGAGCUAGGGCUGGAUAUGCCACAGGAGGCCAGGUGAGGAGCGGCAGGCUGUGGCCCCGGUGCACGGAGCAGAGAUCCCCCAGGUUGUGAAGAUGUGGAGCUGGUUUUUCACUGUGACUGUCCUGCUGUCCUCCAUGAAUCGGAGUGAAGCGCAGGGCAGGUGUGAUAAUGUGCAAGCAGCAGAUAUUGUUUUCCUGGUUGAUGGGUCUUCCAGUAUUGGCCGUGCUAAUUUCCUGCAGGUGAAAGGCUUUAUGGCUGGGAUCGUCAAGCCAUUGGCCAGCUCUGUCGGCGAGUCAGGGAUACGGUUUGGGGUCAUACAGUACAGCGACACCUCCAGAGUUGAAUUUACAUUAAGUACCCAUUUGGUUGGCACUGAGCUGGUCAACGCUGUAAAGAAUCUGAACUACAAGGGCGGAAACACACGCACUGGUGCUGGUCUCAAGUUUGUCAUUGACAACUUCUUCAACCCGGCGUCCAGACGGGAUGUACCAAAGAUCACUAUCCUGAUUACAGAUGGAAAGUCGCAAGAUAGUGUAGAAGAACCGGCACAGAAGCUGCGCAGUCAAGGAGUGCAUGUUUUUGCAGUCGGUAUAAAGAGCGCAGACAGAAGUGAACUGGCUAAGAUUGCCUCCCAGCCCAGUAGUGAUUUCAUCUUCUUUGUUGGGGAUUUCAAAAAGCUGAACACACUUCUUCCUCUUGUGAGCCUCCAAGUGUGUUCCAAAGCAGGAGGGGUCUAUGCUAGUGAUGAGGCUUUUUCUGGUCCGGCCAACAUUCAGUUCACAGGCCAAACAUCGGAUACUCUCAGGUUUCGCUGGAGUGCAGCAGGCGGGCCUUCGAGUGGCUAUGUGGUCCAGUAUGUGCCACUCUCAGGUCUGGGUCAACCUAUGACAUCAGAGCUGCGUCAGGAGACAGUCCCUGCCAGUCAGAGGACCUUUACCGCACAAGAGCUGAGGUCAGGAACAGACUACCUGGUGACUAUCAUCGCCCAAUACCCCAACAGUGUGGGGAAGUCUGUUUCUGCCAAGCAACGAACCAGGUCUUUGCCGAGGGUUACCAGUCUCCGCCUGGUCCAGGCAGGCUUCUUCUCUCUUUCCGUGGGCUGGGAUCAGCCUCUGUCUCCUGUGCAAGGCUACAGACUCACCUAUGGACCACAAGGUCAGCCAGCAGCUCAGCUGUUGGAGCAGUCUCUGCCUGCAGACUCCACAUCCCUCACCUUGGAGUCCCUUCAGCCCGACACAGAUUACGUCGUCAGCCUCUAUCCCCUGUUCCCCCGAAACGCUGCGUCCCCGUCCAUCCUCAACGCCCGCACAUUGCGCCUUGAGGCAGUGCAGCAGUUAUCAGUGGAGACGGAGUCAGAGGGCAGUGUUCGUGUGCAGUGGAGAGGUGUCGGUGGUGCGCGGGCCUAUCGUGUGGUUUGGGGACCAUUCACAGGUCGAAACGUGGAGACGGUGGAGGUUGCUGAUGAGUUUCACACUCUGUCCAGACUGCAGUCCGACACUGAGUACAUCGUCACCAUCAUCCCGCUGUAUGAGGGCAACACCGAGGGCCCGGUAGCAACCGCCAGGUUCAAUAUAGAGCGUCAUGAGCAGCAGAUGCUCAGAGCAGCCACCACCGGCCCCUCCUCUAUUCAGCUCACCUGGAGAAUCAUUCCGUCAUCUCGAGGGUACCGGCUGGAAUGGAGGGAUGGCGAAGGAGGCAGUGUCCAGAGCCUAACCUUUCCUCAAACCACUGCCAGCUAUGGACUAAAAGGCCUUCAGCCCAACACAGAAUACAUCAUUACCCUGUACACCCUGUAUGAUGGCCGUGAGGAGGCCACACCUGUCUCCACCACAUCCAGAGGGGAACAGCCAGUGGGGAGAGUGUCCAACCUGAGAGUUGUGGAGUCUCUGGGCAGCACUGUCAGACUCGGCUGGACGGGUGUAGCCGGGGCCACGCAGUACCGCAUCAUUAUCCUGAACACAGAAGCUGGAUCAGAUGAAAUAAGGUUUAUCCAUGGAAACCAGACGACCCUUGACCUCAGAGACCUGACGGUGGGCGUGUCUUAUGGUGUCAGUGUCACAGCGCUGGUGGGAGAAAAUGAAGGGGACCCAGUUACUGUUUACAUCAAACCAGAACAAGUUGCGGGCAGAGUGACGAACCUCAGAGUGGCAAACGCAAACAGUCGGAAAAUUCGUAUUGCCUGGAUAGGCGCUCCAGGGGCCACAGGUUACAGGGUCACUUGGAGACAAGGCAACAAUGCAGAGCAGUCCCGUAUUCUGGGGGCGGGGGUCACAUCCUUCAUCAUAGACGGCUUGCAACCAGACGAGGCGCUGGUAAUUGGUGUUGCAUCUGUGGUUGAUCAACGGGUCGGAGAGGUGGUCACACUCUCUAGUCGGACCAAUCCCAACGGUGGAUCCGUGUCCGGCCUUCGCAUCGUAGACGUUUCAUCUCAGAAGAUACGCAUUGCAUGGUCACGGUCCACGAGGGCAACUGGCUAUAAGGUCACUUGGCGCCGUGAUGAUGGAGUGGAAUCAACUCGUAACAUGGCUGCCAACGUAUCUUCUUUCACCAUUGAUGGGCUACAGUCAGAUUCCACCUACAACAUAUCAGUUUCUUCACUCAGUGGCUCUCGACAGGGAAGUCCUUCCACCCUGAGUAUCAGAACAGAACCAGAUCGAUCUCUGGUCGGGACUGUGACAUCACUUCAAAUCCAGCAGGGUCGUGGAGAGGUUGUUCGAGUCACUUGGGUUGGUGUGCAGGGAGCAACGGCCUAUCGGGUGUCUUGGAGGAAAACGGAUGGUGGGGAACCGAGGAGUCAGCUGCUGCGGGGAGAUGUAACAGCAGUGGAUCUAGACCAGUUGGACCCCGGAGCCCAGUACGAGGUGCAGGUCAUGGCUUUAGUUCAAAACAGAGAGGGAGCCCCUGUGUCUGUCAGAGUCACCACACCUGGUACCCCCUCGUCCACCCUAACUGUACGGGUGGCAGAGGUUACCCAGAAUUCUAUGCGGAUUGGCUGGACUCCACUACCAGGUGCCACAGGAUAUGUUCUACGCUGGAAAGACGAGACAGAUGUUGGUCGAGGCUUGUCCGUUUCGCUCCCUGCCACGUCCAGCUCUUACCAGGUGACUAGGCUACGUUUGGGCCGCCGUUAUCGCUUUACGGUGCAACCCACCUUCGAAAAUGGGUUGGGAACUGAGAGCUCUGUUAUUGAACGCACCGUUUGUGUGGGCGGGCGUCUGGAUGUGGUGUUUCUGGUCCCGGCAUCGACUGACCGAAGUAGCCUCGCAAGACCUCUGCGUGAACUGCUGUCUAGUGCAGCUGGGUCGCUCGAAACUAUCGGAGCCAGCGACUCUCAGUUCGGAGUUGUAGUGUAUGGUUACAGACCCAAAUUAUGGUUCCUACUUAAUCGCCAUGGCAGGUCUGAAACACUUUUUCAAGAAAUCCAGUCCACACCAUUUGAUGAAAGUCCUGGGAAUAACAUUGGUGAGGCGGUGACAUACACCAGGCAGUACCUUCUGACCCCCUCAGCUGGACGGAGGCCGAGCGUCCCCGGUGCUGUCGUCAUCAUUGCUGACAAAAACUCCGCUGACAAUCUGACUCUUGCAGCCGCCAGUCUCAGAGCUUCAGGUGUGACGGUGUUAGCAGUUGGUAUAGAACAGGCGAACACCGAGGAGCUGCGACGGGCAGUGACGGACGGCAGCCCCCAGAACAUCCUGUACACGCGCGAUGCAGCACAGCUGGACGCCAUGCACACGGACCUGGCAGAGCUGCUCUGUGGCAUCGCCAGAAUACCAGACGUGGGUCCAGGUCCUGAGCAGUGUACCACUCAGUGCCCACAGGGAGAGAGGGGAUAUCGUGGAGAAAAGGGUGAGAGAGGCAGAGACGGCACAGACGGGCGUAAGGGCGAUACGGCUCGGGUUGGUCAGCCUGGGAGGGAAGGCCCCAGAGGUGCCGAAGGACGCCCAGGUACACCGGGCCAAGUCAUCCCCGUUGACCCCUCGCUGGGGGUGAAAGGAGAAAAGGGGGAGAGAGGUUUUCCUGGCAUUGAUGGAAGUCAAGGGUUGCCUGGACGAUCAGGUUCCUCUGGAAUUGAUGGGGUCCCGGGUUCGCAGGGCCUACCGGGGAUCAGAGGAGAUUCAGGUGAACCAGGUGGGCCAGGGCCACAGGGGCCGAUGGGGGGUAAAGGUGAACGGGGUGAACCAGGCUCGGCUAUAUCAGGAGGCGGUCUCCCUGGGAGGAAAGGAGAGCCGGGCGUUUCAGGUAUUCUGGGUACUCCUGGUCGGCCGGGCAGCGAUGGGACCAAAGGAGCCCUCGGAGCUUUGGGAACACCUGGUCAGGAUGGUCGCCCGGGUUUAUCAGGAUUGCCAGGACUCUCCAUCAAGGGAGACAGGGGCACUGCAGGUGACCGGGGGCCUCCAGGAGUUGGCAGCGGGGUGGCCGUGAAGGGCGAGAGAGGCUCCCCAGGUCUUCCAGGACCUCCAGGACCUCAGAGUCCCAGAGAGCCAGGAGUACCUCGAGGCAGCAAAGGAGACAAGGGCGAUAGCGGCGACGGGGAGCCUGGACCUUCGGGCAGGCAGGGAGACCCUGGGAACAGGGGUCCUCGUGGGCCUGCAGGGGAAACUGCUGUCAAGGGGGACCGAGGACAGCCAGGUGAGCCUGGAUCACAGGGAGACCGGGGGGAGAGAGGACUGGCUGGUGAAACGGGGGAGAGAGGGGGCAUUGGGAAGCCGGGCUUCGCAGGACCACCGGGUUUGAGUGGCUUACCAGGGCCCAGCGGAGCGGCAGGAGAAAAGGGAAAUGAAGGCGCUCGCGGGGAGCCCGGCAGGAGUGGUCCAGGUUUUCCCGGGAAGAAUGGGGAACAUGGCGGGCGAGGCCUGCCUGGUACCGAGGGGGCGAGUGGAGAAAAGGGAGCGGCUGGAUCGAGAGGAGAGAAAGGGUCUUCAGGGUCAGGACCGUCAGCUGUUGGACCGAAAGGAGAGCCGGGAGAGAGAGGCCUUGCUGGUACCAGUGGAAGGCCAGGUGCCAAGGGAGACGCCGGGGAACCAGGAGAGAGGGCGGAGAACGGGAGGCCGGGACUCCCAGGAAAGCCUGGUCUCCAUGGGAAAGAGGGAGUGAUUGGAGAGAAGGGGGAUGAAGGCACACCUGGGGAAUCUGGACUUCCUGGGAAGGCCGGAGAAAGAGGGCUGAGGGGACUGGCUGGUCCGCUGGGUCGACCAGGAGAGAAAGGAGACUUUGGAGACCCGGGAGAGCACGGACAUAAUGGCAGCCCUGGAGCCGCAGGACCGAGAGGAGUGAAAGGGGAACUGGGAGCUCAAGGGCCUCCAGGGCCACCAGGAAAAUUGGCUGCCAUCCAGGGCCAGUUGAAAGGAGAGGGAGGAGAGAAGGGUGACGAUGGGGACCCGGGAGAGCACGGCAGCAAAGGUCAGAUGGGCGGAGCCGGGGCUCCCGGAGCCCCGGGCCUACGGGGUCCAGAGGGACAACGGGGACUUGCAGGCACAAGAGGCGACGCAGGAGGAAGAGGAGCGCCUGGAGAUAAGGGAGAAAGGGGAACAUCUGGGUUGGAUGGACGUCCUGGUCUGGAUGGUAAAGCAGGUGCAGCUGGACCUCCUGGCCAGAGGGGGGAUCCUGGGAAACAGGGGGAUCCUGGAAGAGAUGGUUUACAUGGACCAAGAGGGGAGCAGGGCCCCUCAGGGCCUGUCGGGCCCCCGGGCAUUGCAGGGACACCUGGUAAAGCAGCUGAAGAUGGCAAACCUGGUUCUCCUGGCAAGAUGGGUGAAGAUGGUGUACCCGGGGAAGAUGGGAGGAAGGGGGACAAAGGAGAAUCAGGAUCUGCUGGAAGAGAUGGCCGAGACGCGGCGAAAGGAGACCGGGGUCUUACUGGGCUUGUCGGACCCUCUGGCCCUUCCGGUUCUCCUGGACUACCUGGCAGCAUUGGUCCUCCUGGACAGGUGGUGUACUUUAAAGGAGUCGAAGCGGCACCAGUCCCCGGCCCGCAGGGGCCUCCAGGAACCCCCGGCGUGCCUGGGGUCCCUGGCGCUGUGGGAGCCAGAGGCGACAGAGGCCCGUUUGGCCACAAAGGCGAUGCUGGAGACCCAGGAGAGGACGGGUCACCGGGCAAACCGGGGACAGCCGUGGAUGUACAAAAGGCUCUGGCCAUCAUGGGCAUUCAGAUGUCGGAUCUGAAGGCCGUUGUGGACAGGAAGGACACGUUCCUGCCGGCUCCAGUGCAGAAGGCAGUGAAAGGGGAUAAAGGAGACGGUGGCGAAUCUGGACCGAGAGGACCGUCUGGUGCAGACGGUCCUCGUGGUUUCCAUGGAGAGAGAGGAGGCAAAGGGGAUCAAGGGGAGCGAGGACCCUCGGGUGCAACCGGGCCUACCGGUCGAGCCAUUGGAGAGCGAGGGCCAGAGGGACCCCCAGGGCCCGCUGGAGUGUCAGGCAAACCAGGAAUACCGGGAGUUCCUGGGCGAGCUGGGGAACUAGGCGAGGCUGGAAGACCCGGAGAUAAGGGGGAGAGAGCAGAGAAAGGAGACAGAGGAGAACAUGGUAAAGUCGGGCCAACGGGAGGAGCCGGCCCACCAGGUCAAAAGGGAGCAUCUGUUGACUCUGUACUGAUUGGUCCGCCUGGAGCCAGAGGCCCUCCAGGGGCCGGAGGGCACAAGGGAGAACCUAGUGCUGCAGGAUCACCAGGACCUCAAGGAGAACGGGGUGCCGUGGGGUCUCGUGGCGACAAGGGAGACCGAGGACAUUCUGGAGAAAUGGGGCGUAACGGCUCGCAGGGAUCACCGGGAGAACCAGGAAAAACGGGUCAGGAUGGGAAACCGGGCCUGCCUGGGUUCCCAGGAGUUCUUGGCAGACCGGGAAACCCUGGAGAGCCUGGAAUUCUCGGGCCAAGUGGCCCCAUUGGUCCGAACGGGCUUCCAGGUACCCCAGGCGUGAAGGGUAACCAAGGAGAGCCAGGUUUCGGAGUCAAGGGUCCUCCCGGUGCCCAGGGUAGUACAGGUCUACCAGGACGACAAGGUCUCCCUGGAGCUGUGGGGCCACAGGGCCCGACGGGGCUGUCGGGGCAGCUGGGCGAAGCGGGUAAACCAGGAAUCCCUGGAAGAGAUGGGGUGCCUGGCAAAGAAGGAAUACCUGGAUUACCAGGAAAGCAGGGCAUUGCUGGACCUCCAGGCCACGGGGGCUUGAAGGGGGAGCAGGGAGACAGCGGCCCUCCAGGGAAGGCUGUGGCUGGACCCCCUGGGGCCAAAGGAGAGAGGGGUCUUAGUGGUCAAACGCUCCCGGGCACAAGUGGAGAGAGAGGGAUAUCUGGAGAAAAGGGUAACAGGGGAGACAAAGGAGCUGCUGGCCACACAGGAGAGAGAGGAGUGGACGGUGAACCAGGAGACCCCGGAGAAGAUGGGUCACAGGGUUCUUCAGGGCCAAAAGGAGAUAAGGGAGAGAAGGGCAUCGGGCUGCUCGGUCAUCCGGGUCGGGUUGGGCCUCCAGGCUUAAAGGGAGAUCCCGGCCUUCCUGGUUCAGCUGGUCCUCCAGGGUUACAGGGGAAGUGGGGUGUUGCUGGGCAGCCCGGCCCGAGAGGAGAAACUGGACAACUCGGGCCUCCCGGACAACAAGGAGAGACGGGUCUCCAGGGAUUUGCAGGCCGGGCAGGAAAUGUCGGACCCCCUGGACCUGCUGGUCCUCCUGGACAGGCAGGCUCUGCUGGUACCAACGGGGUCCAAGGGAACAAGGGGGAGGUUGGCGUUGGAGUCCCCGGUCCCAGAGGAGAGAGAGGAGAAUCAGGGAUGAGAGGAGAGGAGGGCCGCGCUGGCUCGGAUGGGGAGAGAGGGCCAACGGGUCCCCCAGGGAAUCGUGGCAUCCGGGCAGAGAAGGGGGACAUCGGGCUGCAAGGUGACAAAGGAGAGAAGGGGGACACCGUGCUGGUGGGAGGACCUGCUGGAGAAAGGGGCGGUAAAGGAGAAGCGGGUGACAGGGGAUCCAAAGGUGUGCAGGGAGAGAAAGGGGGCAAAGGUCAAGACGGCCCUCUCGGGGAGCAGGGUCUGAGGGGAGAGUCGGGAGAAAGAGGAUCCAUUGGAUUCCCGGGGGCCCGUGGCCCUGGGGGACAAAAGGGAGAAGCUGGCUAUCCUGGAGUACCUGGCGAAUUGGGUUUUCAAGGAAAAGACGGGACAGCCGGGCAGAGGGGCGAGAAGGGAGAGCUUGGUGUUGUAGGACCGAGAGGAAUCAAGGGUGACCGAGGACCCAAGGGAGCUUGUGGAAAUGAUGGACUCAAAGGAGAGAAGGGGGAUGGUGGUACUCAUGGCCGAUCAGGCCUCCCAGGAAGAAAAGGUGAACAGGGGGAACUUGGACCUUCUGGGGCUCUUGGGACUCCUGGAAAAGAAGGAAUAGUCGGUCCAAAGGGCGACCGUGGAAUUGACGGCCUAGCAGGACCCAAAGGAACUCAGGGAGAGAAAGGUGAACGGGGUCCAUCGGGUGUACCCGGUCCCCCUGGCCCCAGGGGGGUGGAUGGGACACCGGGCCUGAGUGGCACUCAGGGACUAGCUGGUGCUAAAGGCCCAGAGGGGCUCCAGGGACAGAAGGGAGAGAGAGGUCCAAUCGGUCCCUUCAUGGUUGGUCCACGCGGUAUCCCAGGGAUCCCGGGGCAGCGGGGAGAGCAUGGAGAGUUGGGACCAGAUGGAGCCAAGGGAGACAGCGGAGAGCCAGGCAUGAUGGAGUAUGAGGUCAGAGAGUACGUUCGCUCCGAGAUGAGUCAGCACUGUGCGUGUGGAGGUGAGUGAGCCAAUCGACUGCAGCAGAGGAGGGUUGGUGGCCAGAAGGGCUGUGGUGUAUCAUGAGUCACACAC